UAUCGCUGCCCCCGAUGAUGCCGAGGUCGAAACUUCACCGAAACCGAGGGGCACUUCCGUAAUUGGCAGAGACAAACGAGAGGUACAUCCUAAACGCAAAAUUAUCAAAAAACUGGUCAAAAGGAAACCUAUUGCUACUAAAAACGAAACUGUCGCCGACGACGAAGCUACGUUGGAAGCACCUUUGGCACGCAAGCGUCGCCGCAAGGUCAAAAUUAAGAAGAAGAAACGUUUGCUGUCUAACGUGGAUAAUUUUACGAACAGCAACAGUUUUGAAGAUCACGCACAACAGGCCACCAAGCCGAGGAGGAAGGUGGUGAUCACCAGGAAGCGGCUUUUGCCUAACAAAAAUAAAAGCACUUCGACUAGGGUCGAUUCAACCUCUGCGGUCGCCCAAUUGAGUACAAUGUACGGUUUGGAGCAUUACGAGAUCAUGACAAACGCACCCAGUCAACUGGAGCUGCGAAAUAAACACACAAACCUCGAUGACGCCGAUGAAGAUGAAGGUAAUACUGAGGAGAAUUUGGUGGACCGCAAAAAUUCUGAAGAAUUGCCCGAAAACGUCGGCGAAGAAGAAUCGGAACAACUAUCAUCGAACGAAGACUACGAAAUAGAAUAUAACGACGAGACAGAAGAGGAAGAGGUGGAAGACGAGGAAGAGUAUACGGAAGAAACUCCCAACUUUCAAGAACUUCCGGAAUACGAGCCCUCCAUUCCCGUGUUAAACGAGUCGUUUGAGGCACCCCUCCUACCUUUGAAAACUACUGUUCUUUCCUCCGUGGAACUUUCGACUCGCACUUUGACUACGACGCUCCUGAUGACGCACGUAUACGCGGUGACUGCGUCCGCCGGCGACGGCGAGAUCAUCACCUCGACGACCGAAUAUGAACCGCAAAUACAGACAAGCACAGUCGUAGACUUGGUUACGUCACUGACGACGCUGACGCUGCUAGACAUUGACCCUACGAUCACCGACCCUUCUUUGGACAUAUCUUCCACCUCUUCGCUCCACGAAGAGGAAAGAGAAGAAGGGAGAACUUUAGCGACCCGCAUUAUGUCGAACGGAGUGGAGGUUAUCGUGGCCGGGGACAAAACGACCAGGCCGGGUGACGUCAAUUACAGGAUUUUGACGAGUUCGAAACCCGUGACCUUGAAACCUAGUACUUUAAGCGACCACAUGAUGAUGAUGCUUCCGCAAGAGGCUACAAGUGCCGACGACCGAGCGACUCCGACCCUUCCUCCGAACCAAUUCGUAGUGAAAACAUGUCUGACCACCUUUACGUACCUCACGACUUAUCUGGACAACGGCGUGACGACGGUUUCAAGUCACGAAAAGGUUAUAUCCAACGUGGCCACCGAAGACAGACUCGAUUCCGGUAAAAUUCUGCCUACACCGGCCGUAGGGGUCACCUUGACGCAAUACCCGAAUUUAUCGGUUGGGGUCUUCCACACGACCUACACGUACUUGAACACCAUCCUGGAUGGAGAACAACCGCUGGUGUUGUCCUCGAAGCAUGUGGUGACCAACACUAUAACCGCUCCUGACGAUUAUUUGUCGCUGCUGAGUCCUACCGAAGUCGAGGCUCCUUCGAAAGAGACCAACACGUAUUUCAGCACCAUCGAUUUGGAGAAGACCCUGUACGAAGACGGCAAAGAGAGCGUGAUCAGUACCAGGGAAAUGGUCACUCAGGUGGUCAUCACCGAAAGCGCGCUGCCGAAGACGACUUCUCUCUCGCCAGAUUCGGAUAUAAAAAGACCGAAACUAACUACCACCGACGUGGUCAAAACGUAUUUCGUAACUUAUACGUAUUACAACACGUUGCUGGACAACGGUACUCCCUUGGUGUUUACCAAUAUUUCCACAGAAAGCGACGUCGUUACGGAGAAGAUGUACAUAAAGCCAGAAAGCCCGUCUAAAACCUUAGAAUUUGAUAUUUUGGCCACCAACACGUACUUGACGACGUUUACGUACCUUACGACACUCCUCCAGGAAAACAACUCUACGGUGAUGAGUUCCAGGACCGAGGUAGUGGAGAACGUAGCCACCGAGAAGUUAGAUCCCCAGAGAUUCGACACCGAGUACCUCAGCGGUUUAAAGGAGGAACUAGAUAACACGAUAACGAAAGUGGCCACAUUGACGGACGGUCAAGUAAUGCAGGUCACAGUCAUAGCCAAGGAUAAUUCUCGAAUCGUGCCGACCAGUGUGUUGCCCAUUCAAAAGACGGCCGAACCGUCGUCGGCCACGGAAACGUUCUCCUUGGAAGAAACGCCAUCCGGCUCGACGCCCAGCGUCAUCACCGGCUCCACCAUAGUCUUCGUUGACGACGACCCGUUCGCCAACCUGGCGGCCACGCCCGUUUUGACGACCAGCAUCAAAGCUACGUCGGUGUCGACCGCAGAAGUGAAGGAAACGAAGAUUUCGGUGGUUACCAGCAAAGUAAAACGGCCGGGUACCAAAAGCAAGACCAAAACGCCCGCGGAAGCUAUCGGGAUGCAGCCCCCAAACGACCUUCUCGGCUUAGGGUCGAUAAACAUCGACGACACGCUGCAGGUGUUGACGCCCGUUCUCUCCGCGAUGGCGGGCUACAUCAACAAGAACCUCAAGUCCAAUCGGCGUAGCGACAACGUGACUACCGAGAAGAUCGCAGUCCAAGUCAAAAAGGAACAACAGGCGGACUCUCAGAACAGGUCCCCGGUGUAUAUUCCCGUGGGGGGCGUGUCCGGCGACGAUUUUGAGAUCGCGGAGAGCCAAAACGUCGCGACCUUCGACUGGGUCGACUCCGUUCUGCCGGGAAAGCCGAAUAAAGUGGCUCAAGAGUCGCCCCUACUGUCCAACGGCAUCCCCAUCAGCCCGGGCGAUGUAAUCACCACCAACUCCGACGUCAUCGUGGGAAAAAUUAAAGGACGUGUGGGUCCUCGGUUGCCAUCUAUUCCCUUCAACCCCUACCGCGACCCGCGUCCCCCACCCCACCCUAAGUUCUGGCUUACCGAAAAUACCCACGAGUACGCCGAAAACGAGUUGAGCCUCGAAAAUCAGGUCCACAAUAUAGUGCACGUACCCAAUAAGGAUGACUAUGUGGGUCCGCCGCCUCCAGUGCCUAAAGAAAACAAGCGACAUCACAGCCACGUACCCAAAAGUUCGUACCGCGAACAUAGCCUAAAUCAGCCGGUGAUAUCCGCAGUACCCGUCGUACUACCGGAGGUGAUCGAGCGAAGUACCGGUCAGCCUUUGCUGGUUCAGCUUCAACCCUCCCAAGUGGCUUUGGUAAAGAUUCCGUUCAACAGGACUACCGCGCUCGUAUACGGUGGCGCCACCGAGCCGCACGUUAGCGGGCAGUACUUCGACGAUCCCAGUCCUUACCCCGAACCCGAGUACAACCGCGAACCGCCUCGGUUCACUUCCAAUAGUAACCAGAAGCGAGUGACGGGCGUUAUGAAGGUGGAAAGUCAUCAAAUCCAUCCAAUGGGCUGGAACAAAUUCAGUCCCGAGCUGCUGAGCCAGGAAGUCACGAACGUUAAGGAGUACUACCCCGUAGACUCUGCAAAACGUCGACCCAGUGGUACCCAGAACUAUCACAUUUCUCAAUUCAUGGAACCGCCUCCGUUUGUCGAGAAACCGGCGCCGGUACCAUUCGUAAACGUCAACAAGUACCACCUCCACAAAGAAAUGCCGGCCUCCGAUGCCGAAUUCGGAAGUUUCGGAGGUGAUCUGGAAAGCGAGGAUGGAGAAGUGAUACAGGAAUCCAACGCGAGGCCUCUGAGGCCGGGAGAAGUACCCAUAGAGAUUUUGAACGAAGUUUCCACGCAACGUACCACCCAUUACGUCAGAUUCCCCACGGUCACCGAACGCAAGCCUCAAACUAGAAUCACCAUCCCCAUCAGCUACGACAAGUACUAUACAACGCCGGUGCCAAAAACUACGAGAUAUACGAGACCGGCAGCUUCCAGCGCCAACAAGCCGCUUCUGAUCUUUAUAGAUGAAAACGGAAGUACCAGCAACUAUUUCGACACCAAGAAGAUCAAAAAUAGUAGGCCGAAGGUGACCUCGUUGCCGAUCGAUCACCAAACUUUGAAACCGCGCCCCUCCGGUGCAAAUCCCGAACAAACCGAAGUUCCGUUUGCGAUUCCGACAGAAAAAGUAUCUACUGCGGUGCUAAAUAUUGGGGAAGUUACUCGCCAACCCGGCAAUUCGAGCAAAAUCAACGAUCUAGUGGUGAUGAAGCCGCCACCUCUGCUGGAAAACGUGCCGCACGUUGAAAUGUUUGCACCUGCUACAAGACAUUCCUUGACGAGAUACACAAGACCCGCAGCUUCCAGCACCAACAAACCGGUUCUGAUCUUUAUAGACGAAAACGGGCACAGCACCAACUAUUUCGAUACCAAGAAGGUCAAAAACGGCAGGCCGAAGGUGACGUCGUUGCCGAUCGAUCACCAAACUUUGAAAACUCCUCCCUCUGUCGCGAAUCCCGAACAAACUGAAGUUCCCUUUGUAAUUUCGACAGAGAAAGCUGCUGUUCUAAAUACCGGAGAAGUUAGUUACCGUCCCAGCAACUCCAGCAAUGAUUUAGAGGUGAUGAAACCGCCACCUUUGCUCAAAGAAGUGCCGGCUGAUAUUGGAAAAUCACCAAUCAUAAAAUCACACCACUCAGAUGAUGCGGCCCCGCCCACGACCACGGAGAUCGUGUUGGGGAUGAGCCCGCCACCACUAGCGGCGACGCGGAAACCAACUUUAGGCAAAGAUCCGAUAUACCCGAUCGAAAUGGGCGUCGCGCAAAAGAGUACUACCACGAAACCGUUGAAAAGGCCUGGCUAUCGAAGGUCUACCACCAGGAUACCGGCAAGAAGGAAGACUAGCGCUACCAAGAGACCGGCAAGCCCGACGUUUGACUCGUCUACCGGAAAACCCAGUCAAUCGAAUAAUCAGAAACGUAUUAUUCAGCCGGAAAAAGUAAUCAGUCCUUCUCCUACCGCGAAAACUACGCCUUCUCUGAGCAUUAUAGUGAGCUAUCCAAGCGUUAGUAUUACUGAGAAGAGGGUCGACGAAUUUCCCACCUCCAUCAGAACGCCGUCACUUAGCGUCAGAUCAUCGGAAAAAGUUAUAACUACGGCGGUGCACCACGCCGGCAACCAGAUGAAGGUGGUAGACGAAAAAGUGAGCAGGUCAUCGGUACCUACGAAGUACGUAACCUAUACCAAGACUCUUACCGUGACCAUAACGAAGACCACCGUGGUGACUACUUCCGGAGGUCCGCCCAGCACGAUGACUAUACUCGUGACCAAAACCGAAAAGAGUUACAUCAUCGACACCGUUACGGAGUACCACACGCUGGUGAAACCCACCAGUAUAGUGGAGACCAUCACGACCACAGUGCAACCGAGCUUGCACAUAACGCCCAGCGUGGAAGUAGCGUCCAACGGACCUGAUGAGGAUAGCUCCUUGAAGGACUUUAUAGUUAAAGAUACUGUUAUCGCUAAGGAUGUGACUUAUAACGAUGCCGACACCAUAUUCGUAGUGAUGACAGAUAAGAACAAUGGCGGAGUUGUCAAGAUGCCGGCCAUCAGCUCUGAGGAGGUCGUGCAAAGAGACGAAAUAACCGAAAAUGAAGUCAGUAACGUUCUGUUGGGAGGUGUCCUGACGGCGAAUCGUCCAACAGUGGAUAGUCCGGAACCGGUAGACAGCACAAAGUGUUUACCAGAUUGUAAACCUACGAGAAACGAAGUUUGUCAAAAAAUUGAGGGAGCCAUGAGGUGCAUGUGUAGGCCCGGAUUCGCGAGGAUGUUCCCAGAUCGGCCUUGCAAUCCAACAUAUACGUACAGCAUCAAUGUAACACUGGACCACAUACGCAAUAAAGAGGUGAGGUACACUUCGGCAUUGUCUCUCGAAAACUCUACAGAGUUCGUACGUUUGGCGAGGAAGACGCACGAAGGCGUGGACCGCAUGGUCAUGCAGUCUGACUUGAGGGAUGUUUACCAUGGUAUUCAGCUCAGAUCUUUUGAACCCGGUGCCUCCAGCGGCGUCGUUAGCAGAUUUUAUUUACAGUUGUCUGACAACACCGACGAACGACGCCUGGAGGACAUUCUGCGAAAGUACUUGAGGAACAGCAACUACAGUUUGGGAGGUACAGAUGUGUUCACGUCCUCCCGGUCGUCGGAUAGCCUCAAAGCGGAAGAUUUUAAUGAAUGCUACGAUCCAUCGUUCCAAGAUUGCUCGAAGAACGCGCACUGCUUCAAUCUCAGAGGUACCUACACCUGUUCUUGCAAGGAAGGCUAUUCGGAUUUAUCCGAAAAUAUGCUGUAUCCCGGUCGGAUAUGUAGCGCGGAAAGGACCGGAUGUGAAAAAUGCAACUACCACGGUAUGUGCUCGGCUAGAAAGUACGACCAGAUAGAGUGCGAUUGCUUCCACUGGUACGCCGGGGAGAAUUGUCACAUCAACUUGAAAGCUUUGCUGAUAGCGUUGGUAACUCUUGGCACUAUUCUGUUCGCUCUACUGCUGGUCUGUGUCAUAAUGACCUGGGUCAAAAAGAAGCCGCAGAAAUCGAGCCCCGGUAUGACGUUUCUGCCGCAGAAGAUGGGAAACACCAGAGGCGGAGCCGCACUGGACCGCAGAGCUAUGAUAGAAGAUACCAGCUCGGAGGACAGCAGAAGCGAGACUAACGCGUUACCGCCCUACGUGCAACAGAAGCCGGCGAAGCCGAUCAAGGGCGCCCUCAAGAAAGUCUCGAGGGUAUCGAUGACCAGCAUCGAGCAAGGAGAACCCGGCGUGAUCUUUCCCGAUCAGAAAGAUCGUUCCCUAACUGUUAUGAUACCGAGGGCCAAGUACCAUCCUGCCCCUCCCACCUCACCGAUACUUAACUACACCUCAUUCGACGCGAGAAAACCGAGCGUUCCUUCCGUAAACAACGAAGCGAAGCUGCUGAGUUACUUAGACGCAGGACCCUCACCGAAAAAGUCGGAAGCCAAACGGAAGUUCUCGAAUUCGAUUUCCGAAUCUUAUGUCGUCGACGAGCAGACGAGUUCCAGGAAAACUUCUGGGGCACUGGUGUCCGCCGGAUUCCAGGUAUCUGCCACGGUUUCGAACCUGACGAAUACGAUGUGCACCUUGGGUACCGCGUGCAGUACCGAAGCGGACAGGAGUGAGAACGCUACCUUAAAGAUCAGCGCCGAUCUUCUGUCGAGCACGGAUUCGCAAUUUCACGGUCUGCUCAGGAAAGACUCUUUAAUUGAUGAUGGUACGGACAGCAACAGCAAUUGGCUUGACGUACCCCGAAUAACGACUGCUUCGGAAGCUCAAUCAUACGACGAGACAAUACCUCCGCCUAUGAAAUCGUUCAGAGGCGACUACGAUUCGAAAUCGUCACAGCAACACAACGAUGAGGCAAACACUAUGGCCGAACGCGAUUUAGGGUCGACGUUUUUACUUCCCCAUACGCACUUGUACAAACCUGACAGGGGUUCGGAUAUAUCAGGAUUCGAGUCCCUGUAGCAGCGGGUUCAACCAAACUAGCCCCAAUCGUCUCAAGUGCCUUAUUUAUAUGUGUGACUGCCGUUAGUACGAAUGAGUCUAGUUCAUUUUAACGUGUAAAAUAACAUUGAAACGGUAAUAUUUUAUAAUUGGCCAUAAUUUAUUUUUCUGUAUAUACAAAUAGCGAUUAAGAAACUCCAGUUUAUCGGUAGUUAGGUGUUACUGUACUAAUACGUGUUAGGAACCGCUGCGUGUUGUAAAUACCGUGUGAUAUAAAUACCCUUAAGUUAAUAAGUUGUUAAGUUGUAAUAUUAUUCUGGUCUUAACGAGUAAACACGGACGGUGUAAUGACAUGUUAUAAACGUUUUAAAAUUUGACUUUGUAAAUUGAGUUAUAAGUGCCAAAAAUUGUAUCACUUUGCGAAUCUUGCGCGGCCUAUCCCGGUCGUGUUUUAUUUUUCUACUAAUUCAAAACUAUUUUUAAAAAUAAACGAUGUU